UUAAACUACUUCCCUUCAGUGGUUUUUCCCCAUCGACCUUCCAUCAACGUCGGCCCUACUCCUUCGGUUUCCGUUUCCGGGACUAAAAGAGCCGCCGCCGACGGUGGCUCUCCUACUGCUAUCAGUCAAGUUGUGGGAUGGUCACCCAUAAGGUCUUAUAGGAUGAACAGCUUGGUUAACCAAGCUAAAGUACCGAGAGCUGAAGAAAACAAAGGGACUAAUGAAGAAAUAACCCAAAAGAAGAUGGUUCUAAACUGGAAAAAAAGUGACGAAAAAUUAGUGCAUAUUGGGUACAUCAAGGUCAACAUGGAUGGUAUUCGUAUAGGAAGAAAAGUUGAUUUGAAUGCUGAUUCUUCUUAUGAGAGUUUGGCUCGAGCACUCGAAGACAUGUUCCUCCGAUCCGCUAACUCCGGAGGUAGUGUCGAAACAGAGAAGGAACAACAAACAAUGGCCUCUAAGCUUUUGGAUGGAUCGUCUGAAUUUGUUUUGACUUAUGCAGACAAAGAGGGAGAUUGGAUGCUUGUAGGAGAUGUACCAUGGGUGAUGCUUCUCACCUCGGUCCGGAGGCUCCGAAUCAUGAAGACCUCCGAUGCCAAUGGACUCGCUCCGAGAUUUGAAGACAGGACAGAACGGCAAAGAAGCAAGCCAAUAUAGCGUCAUUGGCAACACGAUCCAUCAUUUAAAUUCCAUAUAAACAACAUGAAAAAGGCAACAUUGUAAUCCAAGGUGUUUCCCUUCUCUUCUCUUCUCUUCUGUUUGAAAUGUUUUUCCUUCGUGUGUGAUUCUGACAUUCAAAGUGU